AUGUCCUCCCUUGCAGCUGCUAGAGCAGACAACUUUUACUAUCCCCCAGAAUGGGAUCCAAGCCAGGGUUCUCUGAACUCGUUUCAUGGCCAACAUGCCUUAAGAGAGAGAGCAAGGAAGAUAGAUCAGGGUAUCUUGAUUAUAAGGUUUGAGAUGCCUUAUAAUAUAUGGUGUGGAGGAUGUAAUUCUAUGAUUGCAAAGGGUGUCCGGUUCAAUGCAGAAAAGAAGCAAGUUGGGAAUUACUAUUCCACAAAGAUAUGGAGCUUUACCAUGAAAGCUGCAUGCUGUAGACAAGAGAUCACCAUCCAGACUGAUCCAAAGAACUGUGAGUAUGUUAUCAUCAGUGGGGCUCAGAAAAAAACUGAGGACUUUGAUGUUGAAGAUGCAGAAACUUUUGAAUUACCUGCUGAUGAAGAGAAAGGGAAGCUUGCUGAUCCAUUUUACCGCCUCGAACACCAGGAAGAAGACUUGAAGAAAAAGAAAGAAGCUGAACCAGUGCUUGUGCGUCUCCAGAGAAUGUCUGAUGCCAGACAUUCGGAUGAUUAUGCCAUAAAUAAGAGUCUCCGGGCCAAACUUAGAAGUCAAAAGAAAAGAGUCGCUGCAGAAGAAGCUGCUUCUAGGAAAAGGGGCCUUGGAAUUCGACUACUUCCAGCUUCGGAACAAGAUGCUGCUGCAGCAGCAAAAGUGAAGUUUUCUAGUAAGUUUGAAAAAAAUAGGAAGGACAAGCGGGCAUUGAUCAACUCUGCUUCCAUAUUCCCAGGAUUGUCUGCCUCAUCCAUGUCUGGCAAGAGAAGGCUGGAGCUAGAGUCUAAAAGAAGAAAAAUUUCUGCUAGUGCGGCAUCUAGCCUUUUGGCUGGGGGAUAUAAACCGUCAUCAUGGUCAGAGGGCGCUGUUUUGUCAAGCAGGCAAAAGGGAGCUUCAAUGAAUUCAAGACACUAG